AUGGCUAUUUUGCGGUCUGAGACUGCAGCUCACCUGAAGCAUCUGCCCGAGUGUAUGCAGGUGCGUAUGAUGAGGAAUGUGAAAUGGCUUGGUCGAUCCUGCAACUGGCAGGGAUCCGGACGCGUUGACCGCCGAAAGGGCAGCAACACAAACACUGACCUACACUCUGUCGUCGCAUCCACCCCGAACAUACCAUUCUCCUUCCAUUCCCAACAUCUCAACCCUCCGCCUUUCCAGUUCAAGUCCACUUUAUUCGGUCAUUCCAUCUUCACGAGUCUCUGCAUCAAACAAGCGAGUUUUCGUCCACUUAGCCCAACUCCCCUCGUAACUUUAUGCCUUUCGGACACGUGCGACCGACAUACAGGGCCCACCCAACCAAUCGCCACAGUCUCAUCCCGUAGGAGUCAACCCGCACGAUAUGCACAGGCCAUGACGGCGGCCAGCUCAAUGGAAUGCCUCAGGAGUAAUGCUACCUACGCCUUUAUUCGUUUGUGUCUACAUGUGUGUGUGUGUGUGUGUGCGUGUGUGUGUAUGUGA